AUGGAUGAGAAUGCGAGGAGUUCUCGUCCUCGGGAUGAGUCGACCACGCCUCUACGUACCGAAUCGACCGAACGCACACCUCUAAUCCGACAAGACCAGGCGCGAAAGCCUCCCGCGCGAACACCCACUCCCUUGCCAAAAUGGCAAAUAGCCACACUCCUGUUUCUCCAGCUUUCCGAACCUGUAACUUCCCAGUCGAUCUAUCCGUUUAUUAACGAGCUCAUACAACACCUGGAUGUAAUAAAAGGAGACGAACGCAGAGCUGGAUAUUAUGCUGGACUUUUAGAAUCGUUAUUUUUUGCAUGCGAGGCAACGACUGUCCUCUUCUGGAGUCAUCUAUCUGAUGUUGUGGGGAGACGUCCUGUUCUCUUCUUAGGCUUUGCAGGUCUGUCUGUAUCUAUGGUAAGUUUUGGGUUAUCGAAAACCUUUCUAGGUCUUGCUUUAAGCCGUUGCUUAGCAGGUUUCCUCAAUGGAUAUUCUGGCGUCAUCAAGGGUAUGAUGGGAGAGAUGACUGACCCUUCUAAUAUGGCGCAAGCAUUCGCAUAUAUACCAGUUGUCUGGUCGGUUGGCGCAACGCUCGGGCCAUUCAUCGGUGGUGCGCUCUCGCGGCCAGCAGAGCGCUUUCCAAGUUUGUUCGGCAAUUCUCCGUUUUGGGAGACAUAUCCUUACUUCCUUCCAUGCCUUGUUGCUGCUAUUUUCCCUCUGGCGUCACUGGUUGUGACUUUAAUUUCUCUAAGAGAGACAAGGAAAAGAAGACCUCAAUUGAAACGACCUCCUAGAACACCCUUGCUUCGUCACAGUUCAAUGGCUGGUAGCUUUUUAGGUCAUCCAACACGUUCAGCACUGGAAGACGAACUGAGAAAUAUUCACGAAGCGGAGGAUGAAGCCGCACCGCCGCUUCGAUCUAUACUUACACGUCGCGUUUUCAUUGCCGUGCUGAAUUACUCUCUCCUCUCGCUCAUUGAUAUUGCAUUUCUCGCCAUUGAACCAGUGUUCUACGCGACCUCAAUUCCUUCUGGUGGUCUCGGACUUUCACCACCAACCAUAGGCUUGUGUCUUGGUCUAUACGGUAUGCUCAUGGGUAUAUUCCAUGCAGCUUUCUUCGCAAAAUUCCACGCUCGGCUGGGCGCAAAAACAUUGCUCAUGUUAACACAAUUCGCAACCAUUCCAAUCUUCUUGAUGUUUCCAAUGAUCAACUUUCUUGCUCGACUUUACGGCAAAAGUGCAAUCACGUGGAUUGCUCUCUGUUUCCAGUUAUCUCUGUGUAUAUUCGCCGACAUGAGUGGAGGAUGCGCUUUCAUUUAUGUUACACUCUCCGCUCCAAAUAGGCGGUCGCUAGGUGCUACGAAUGGUCUCGUGGCAGCUGUUACAGCCGCGAUACGUGCGGUCGGGCCGGCCGCAGCAACUUCAUUAUUUGCAGCUUCGCUUGAACAUAAUCUACUUCACGGACUACUUGUUUACUUCGUUCUCAUUGGGCUGGUCAUCCUGGCUGUAUUUGCCGCAUCAUUGCUCCCGGAUAAUGAAGAGGACUGGGAUGACGAUGAUGGAUCUUGA